GCAAGGUUUCCGUUUCCGCGUCACUUUAGGCGAAAUUACAGAAUCUACCCUUCCUUGAUCUCCGUUAGUGGGGGCCCAUUAGUCUCAAACAGUAGGCAUUAGUAUAUAAUAAAGGAAGCAGACACGGUAGACCUUCCUCAAGGUUCCGAAACCGCGCCAUCUCGCGGCACCGGCACCGAAACCCAAAUCGGUCAUUUCCUAACCAAAAAAGAAACACUAAAAGAAAAAAAAAAAGAGAAAGAGAGAGAAGGUGGUUGAUGAUGGAGAGAAGCGAUCAUGCGAUGCGUGGAAGGAAGCCGGGUGAGUGAGAAUGCUGCGCUGCAGCUGCAGAGGAUCACGCCUCCUCCUCCAUUCCCACAUGGCGCUCGAUCCUAGCAAACCCUAACUUUUUCCUUUCCCUCCUUCAUUCCUUCCUUAUCCAGGUACAGCUACAGAUACAGAUACAGUGAUGGGUGAGGUGGGGAAAAUACUGUACAUGGUUGUGGUUGAUGACGACGCCGACAAGAAGGACAAAGGAAAGGACUCUUUUCGCUACACUCGCCCUGUUCUUCAGAGCACGCUCCAGCUCAUGGGAUGCAAAGCUCGCCAUGCCUUCAAGAUCAGCCAAAGAGUAUUUGAGCUCACAAGGAAUGGGAGUUCUACUGAUGAUUUUCAGUCCGACGGAAUGAUAUUGUCUGGUUUCCAUGCUUCCAACAGUAAUAUUGUUGAAAAAGAUGCUCGUGCUGCUGCUGCUAUUUGCCUGGAUAAAACAGACCUCGGCAGUCAUUUGGUUUUAGGGAAAGAUUAUCAAAGGAAGAGUAUACCAUUUGAGUUGUACAAGAGACGCACAACAGUAUUUGUCCAGAGAGAGAAAUUUCUAGAUAUUGUCUGCGAAGCUUUGGCUGAGUACAAAUACAUGGGCCCAAACCAGAGAGCCGACUUGGCAUUAGCAUGCAAGAUUCGAGAACGAAAGGAAUCCAUGACAGUGCUGUUGUGUGGCACCAGUGGCUGUGGCAAAUCCACAUUGUCUGCACUGCUGGGUAGCCGAUUGGGAAUCACAACUGUGGUAUCAACUGAUUCUAUAAGGCACAUGAUGAGAAGUUUUGCUGAUGAGAAGGAGAAUCCCUUGCUUUGGGCCUCCACUUACCAUGCAGGUGAGUGUUUGGAUCCUAUUGCUGUUGCAGAAGCAAAGGCCAGAAGGAAAUUUAACAAGCAGGCUGGUGUGUUACAUACACUUUCCAAGGAUGAAUUAAACGAGGAUCAUAAUUCUAGGAAACCUGAUACCCGGACAUUGGAGGUUGGAUCUGGUGCUGCUACUGAACUGCUAAAUGCAAAACAAAUGGCUGUAGAAGGAUACAAGGCGCAAAGUGAGAUGGUGAUUGAAAGUCUUGACAGACUAAUCACUGCCUGGGAAGAACGAAAAGAGUCUGUUGUUGUUGAGGGAGUUCACUUGAGUCUUAACUUCGUUAUGGGGCUUAUGAAGAAACAUCCCUCAAUAAUACCAUUCAUGAUAUACAUUACAAAUGAGGACAAGCAUAUGGAAAGAUUUGCUGUUCGAGCAAAGUAUAUGACAUUGGACCCAGCUAAAAAUAAAUAUGUAAAGUAUAUUAGAAACAUUAGGACAAUCCAGGAUUAUCUCUGUAAGCGUGCUGACAAACAUUUAGUUCCCAAAAUAAACAAUACAAAUGUUGAUAAGAGUGUAGCAGCCAUCCAUGCUACCGUCUUUGGCUGUCUUCGUAGGCGUGAAGCUGGAGAACAGUUAUAUGAUCCUGUUAGAAAUACAGUAACAGUUGUAGAUGAGGAAUAUCAAAAUCAAUGUGCAGCCAAUUCUCUGAGCUCGAAAGGAAUGUUUCAGUUGAUCCAGAGAAAAGGUUCUUCUAGGCAUCUUAUGGCUCUUGUAAACAGUGAUGGAUCUGUGGCAAAGGCUUGGCCUGUUCAUUCUUUUGACGGUAAUGGCAAACCUAUAUGGGGCUAUGGACCUGAGAAUGGCAUUGGAAAUCUAAUGUAUGGACCUUUACGGAUCGGCAAGGCAGAAACUGUAAAUCUUCAGUUUGGUUUGUAUGGGAUCAGUGCUUGGCCCAGUGAUGGUGGCACUAGUCGCACUGGAAGUGUCGAUGAGUCAAGAGCGGAUGAGACUGAUACAGGAAGCAGAUAUCUAUCCUCGUGCUGUAGCUCACCAAGGCUGUCCGAUGGACCGGCAAAGGAGGUCAAGGAGGAUCUUUCAGUGCAUGGCAGUGAUGAAGAGAUUGAUGAUCAACUGGAGGCAGGCAGUGAUGAAGAUUUAAGUGACGAUGGUGACAAACAUCGCCAUGAGGAGAUUGGAUCAGUUGACGAGGAAUCUACGAAGUCUGACGAGGAGUAUGAUGAUUUAGCCAUGCAAGAUGUGCAGGCGAGCGGGUAUUGGUCAGAUGACGACGAUGGAUUCAAGAAUAAGGUCAAUUCUGUUUCCUGGGACCAAGGAACAAAAUUGCAAGGCAGUAAGUAUCGCCAGAACUUGGAUCUCUUCCUUAGAACUAGAAGUGAGCCAGUGACAGAGUCCCUGUGCUCAUAUUCGUCUUUGCUUGUGGAAAAGAGUGAAAAGAGGUUGCCACCGACUGGUAAAGCCAAAUUGAGAAAACGAUCUCUGAGUAUUCCUGCACUAUGAAAAAGGAUUCAUCAACUCUAGGUAGUAGGAUCCUUCUUUGGUUUAUUUUUAUUUAGGGCUGGUCACAUCUGAGAUUUUGCUAACAGUGUAUAUUACUGUUGAAAUGGAAGAAGUAGUCGUGUGUUCUGACUUUAGUCACCUAAUCAUUUGCGGAUAUAUAAACUUCUCAAGUUUUUUCCUCCAAA